CGCUCCCGCCGGCUUGCGCAGGCGCGGAGCGCUCUUCCGGCGCCGGCUCGCCUCCGCCCGGCUGCCCGCCGGGGAUGCUGCGGCCGUGCGGCGGGCUGAGGCAGCUCCUGUCGGGACGCGGGGCCGGAGCCUCUGCCCGGCUCCCCUUAGGCGCUGAAAUGCCCAAGAAAGCUGGUGCGACGAACAAGGGUAAGAACCAGAGCAAGGAACCAGAGGGACCACUUCCUCCCUUAGGCCCCGUGGCCGUUGAUCCUAAGGGUUGUGUCACCAUAGCCAUCCGUGCCAAACCCGGGUCCAAACGAAACGCUGUAACAGACGUGACAGUGGAAGCUGUGAGCGUGGCCAUAGCAGCCGCCCCAUCGGAAGGAGAGGCUAAUGCCGAGCUCUGUCGGUACCUCUCCAAAGUCUUGGAGCUCAGGAAGAGCGACGUGGUUUUGGAUAAGGGUGGUAAAUCUCGUGAAAAAGUGGUGAAGCUAUUAGUGUCCACAACUGGAGAAGAGAUCUUGGAGAAAUUAAAGCAGCAAGUCGAAAAAAAAUAGAAGCAAGUUAUGAGAAGUACAUCCUUGAGAAGCUUUUUAAUUGCUAUUCAUGAAGAGGCUGUUAAAUAGGAAAAUGUAUUUCAGUGCACUGAAGAACAUGAAAAAAAAUUUAAGAACAGGACUCAAAAAAGAAGUAGGAAUUUUAAAAGUACUGUAUGUUCAACGUAGGUUCUGACAUCCAAACAGUUUGGAAGACGUUAGUCCGAUUUCAUCGCAUUACAAAAUAACAGAGCUGGAAGAGAUCUUCCGGACGACCUCAGUCAGCCCCUUUCAUCCUGUGAUGGGGCUUCUGCUAUCCAGAAGUUGAGAGACUUGUUCAGGAUCACACCAUGCCGGAUGGCAGCUAGAACCCAGGGCUCCUGGUUGGAUGCAGUUUAUCCUGAUUGUAAAUGAAGAUGUUUCCACAGCACUCUAGGGUUCUGAGGAUUGCCUUCUCUAGAGUUUACAAGUGACAGAAGAAAACCUGUCACACUGCUUUGUGGUCUUUAUAUUUUAAAAGGCUUAUCUACAAAAAUGCUUUUUGUGUCUUUUGAAAACUAUGGAGCAUUUUGUGAAAAAGUAAAUAAGAGUAAUCGGGACUUGUAAUUUACUGUUAAUUAUUUUGGGGAAGUCACUGAAUUUUUGUCCUCGUUGGAUGGUGCAGUCUUCAAAUCUGGUAGUUCCUAUGAAUCUCCAAAGAUCCUUAAAAUAAGGGGCUGGAAGCUACUUUCAGUAUUUGUAAAAGCCUAUCAGAAAUCAUAUCUACAUUAAAGCUUCAAAAGCUAAUAAUAAAUACCUUGUUUUUAAAUAUCCAA